UUCUUUCUCUGUGACGUAUGGCGUUCUGAUCCUGGGCACGAGGAACCCGACGUCAACAUUGUGACAACGAUGACGUCACAUGUUUAUUUACCGACCACCCUGACGCACGACGGCGUGUACGUGGAGACGUUACGUAAUGACAGGACUGAACUGUUUACACCGUGAAUAUGAAGAAAAAACACAAAGUAAAGGAUCAUAAAGCCCAAAGAAAAACACUGAAAUCUGCAACAUUUACAGACAGAAGAAGCACACAGACUGUUUGGUGGCAGAGUUUUACAGAAAAAAAGUGGACCAUCUGGGACCCGGUCCAGGGUCUGCGGGUCCUGGUCUUUGUCCUGGUUCGUGCUGAACUCGGUCACGUCACCAGGUGCGGGUUACGUGACGGGGCGCACCUCCUGGUGUGGGGGGGGCGGGAGCGCGCACCGGAUACAAACCUGCGGCAGUGGGAGUGCGCAGGCCGCCGGGCACAGAUGUCCCGCUCACCUCUGCUCUUCCGCAGCGGCCCCCCGGACCCGGGCCCGGGCCUGGAGAACGGACUGGACCCGGACCAGGACGAAGACCUGGACGAUGAGGUGGACGCGUCCCGGCUGGAGAGGUUCAUGAGGGACCGGCGCAGAGCCCAGUCCCUGCCCGCGUACCCGGCCGAGCUCCUGGAGCGGGUCCCGGAGGAGGAGGAGGGCAGGAAGCGGGUCAAGUUCGCGGACGCCCUGGGUCUGAACCUGGCCAGCGUCAAACACUUCAGCGCCCUGGAGGAGCCGCAGAUCCCCACUAAGGUCCUGUCCCGGCACCGCAGCUUCCCCCCCCCGCAGGACUUCCUGUGCCACGGCCUCAAGUCCGUCCCGGACACGGACCGGCUGGUGUCCUGCUUCCCGGAGCCCCGGGACGCGGACCGCCGGGUCCGGGAUCUGCGGGUCUGUCUGGAGAAGGUGUCCGUGACGCAGUUCGACGUGCGCGGACAGAUCCGGGCUCUGAGCGGCGGAGGGGAGGCGGGGGUCCGAGAGGUGGGGGUCAGGUACACUUUCAAUGAGUGGCUGUCCCACGUGGACGCGCAGGCCCUGCCCGUGUCCGCGGAGCCGCCGCCAGGGCUCGUGGGGCAGCGCUUCGCCUUCACCGUGUACACGCCGCCCGUCAUGGACCCCAGCUCCGCCGUGCACUUCGCCGUGUUCCUGCGGAGCGACGACGGGGAAUUCUGGGACAACAACCAGGGCCACAACUACACCCUGCGGUACCGGUGCAUGCCGGGAAAUGAGGGGUUCGUCAGCGCCGCGUUUCACGCCACCUGAGCGGUGCGUAAAAGCCGUGCGUAAAAGCGCAUCCAAGGCUCCGAAAUGUGUGAAAGAGCUGGUUCCAAAGUGGUGAAGAAAGACAUGAUUUAUGAAACUACACCGAAAAAAAAACAAGUCAUUUAUCUUUAAGAUGAAUUUAAUCAUCAGUUAUUGAUGAAAUUUGAGGCAAUUUUACUUGAAAAUAAAUCUGAUAAUGAACACAUUUAAUGCGUAAAACUGAGGAUUUCAUUCACUUUCCAUCCUGUCACAUGAUAUUUUUACUGAGUUACAUUUGAUGGAGUGUUUAAUGGAAGUUAAAUAUAUAUGUAUCUCUCUUUGGUAAAUUAAUAAAAUGUGGAACAAUUCUUGAAAUGAACUAAAUCUUCUGUAUAGAUUUUGUUGAAGACAGAAACCUUCUCAGUGCUGGUGAGUCUGAAACAUUGGAUGGAUGUGUGAGAAUCCAUGAGCUUCUGUUUCUAAAAGGGUUCAGGUCUGAUCAGAGCUGAAGGACCUGAGCCCAUCUGCAGCUGAAUCCAUCGACUCUUCUCUGGAUCUUUGAACAAACUGAACUUUGAGUGCGAUCCUUCUGGAUGUUUCCACCUGGUUCUGGAGUCCAGUGCAUGAAGACAGUUCAAACACUCAGUCCUUCUCACUGUUUUAAUUCAAUGUUGGUUCUGGAUGUUGGAAAAUGUUCUGAGGUGACCUGAUUCUCAUGAUGAUUUUAUUUAUACAUUUUACAAAACCAGGAAACAAAGUGUUGGAAGCUUAAAUGAUGUUGGUUAUGAGUCAUUUAAAGGAAAAUGAGACAGAAGUGAAAUGAAAUAAAUGAAAAUAUUGGAAGAGGAUGGAGAAUGAAAUGAAAGACGAGAGAGAACAGAUGUGUUCAUUCGACCUAAACCCACUGAUCUGAUUCCACUGAAGGAUGAAGCCACUUUUCAAAUGUGUAUUUUUUCAUGAAUAAAACUAAGAACUGAUGCAUUCAACAUG